CAUAGAUACCCGUCGAAAAAAUAUGAAACCCGUUUACAUCUAUGAUGAUAUAAAUCUAAGUCAAUAGCAUCGGAGGUAGACCCGUUUAGUAGUUAGCUGCAAACGUAUCAAGACGUCAUCUACCUUUAACAUUUUCGACUUACAUCGUACACAUAAACUUGCUUCACAUCCAGAAAAUAAACAGUAUAUAUUUAAAGGAGUAGAAAUAUACUUUGACUCUUACCUGACCUUGAUUAACCUAUCCUCGCCAGACGUCAGCCCAUAUUCUACUACAGUUAAAAUCUGAGGGGUAGUCGACUUCGCGUGAUUCAACAAUGGCGCCAAAUAAGUCUCUUAUUUUCAAAAAGGUCCCUACUGGGUUUCCUGUUCCAGGAGAGCAUCUUGCCGUUGAGGAGCGGCCCAUUGACCUCGAUGCGGCUCCUCCAAAAGGCGGCCUGAUCGUUGAGAUACUCUAUGCUUCCUUCGACCCCUAUCUCCGCGGCAGGAUGCGUGAUGCUAGUGUCAAGUCUUACUCGCCGCCUUUCGAUCUUAACGGCCCAUUCUCAAAUGGCACCAUUGCCCGAGUCCUAAAGUCGGACACGUCGGAUUUCCGCCAAGGAGAUAUUGUGUCCGCAUUUCUUCCUAUUGCCGAGUACGCCACAGUUCCUGAUGUUUCCGCUGCCAAGGUGCGCAAGAUCGACAACCCGCAUAAUCUCGAUCUUGGCAUGUUUCUAGGCCCCUUAGGCAUGCCUGGCUUAACGGCCUAUUCGAGUCUUCAUAAGAUUGGAAAACCAAAGAAGGGAGAAACAAUAUUCGUUAGUUCGGCUGCUGGCGCUGUUGGGCAGGUCGUGGGUCUAGUCGCGAAGAAUGAAGGACUUAAAGUCAUUGGCUCGGUUGGCUCUGAUGAGAAGCUAGAUUAUAUCAUAAAUGAGCUCGGAUUCGACGGUGGUUUUAAUUACAAGAAGGAGAGCGCAUUCGAUGCGCUGAAGCGCCUCGCACCCAACGGAAUUGAUAUCUACUACGAGAACGUUGGGGGAGAGCAGCUCGAGGCUGCUUUGGAGAAUAUGAAUACCCUCGGACGAAUUCCAGUUUGCGGAAUGAUUUCGGAGUACAACGUGCCACCUGACCAAAGAUAUGGUGUCAAGAAUCUCUUCCAGCUCAUUGCAAAGCUCAUAACGAUGCAAGGUUUCCUUGUUGCACAACCCGAAUUCGGGCCUGCAUACUUCGAAGAGCACCAGCAACAAGUUCAAAAAUGGAUCGCAGAAGGAUCUUUCAAGGCCAAGCUUCACGUCACCGAGGGUAUCGACAAGGCGGCUGAAGGGUUCGUGGGAAUGCUUAAAGGCGAUAAUUUUGGCAAGGCCGUCCUGAAAAUCAAGGAUUAGCAAGCAUAUAGCUAUCUUGGCAUCUGUACUUAGAAGUCUAGCUUGUAGGCUCGAGACGUAUCUUACAUAGGUAUGUAGGCACUUAUAUGGCUUCUAAUCGACCAUGAAUCGAGAUCGCGUACUCACUGUAAGGUGAAGAUAUUAAGGCUCGGCUGCGAACUAGUAAAUAUUAAAUGAAUGAAAUGCCUGGCCGCUUUUGGUCUGGUGUGUAUAGAUUGGGAUAGGAGCAGCUAUACCUAGCGAAGCAUAUUGCAGAAUAAUACUGAGAGCAUCUACGCUCUCGCGGUCGUAUGAACUCAUAAAUUAGUCUUACCAGGGGCUUCAACAGUCGAC